ACGAACAUGGCCAUGUUCUUCUUCUCAGAUUCAUCUAUGUUAGGUAAGAAGUAAUUUCUGAAUAAUUUUUGCUUCAUACAAGUCGGCAUAAAUCUGAGUUUUGAGUGAAUCAGUGUGUUUCAAUAGGAUGUUUUAUUUUUAGUUUCCCUCGUGAGAAGUAGACUAGUUUGAAGAGCUUAUUCUGGGUUUAUUCUUUUGAUUUCUGAGGGAAAAAACUGAAAUUUGGAAUUUGAGGCCAUGAAUCUCAAGUUUCGAAGCACUGAGACUGAAGCCAUUGUCAUCGGUAUCAUAGUCGAAGCUAUUUGCAGGAUCAUCCGGAGUUCUGCACAACCUAUAUUUGCAGAUUAUAUUGGGAAGUUCUGUAUAGAAUCUAUUGAGUUUGAAAAAUUGAGUCUUGGAACGCUUCCACCAACAGUUCACGGAGUUAAGUUCUAUGAGACCAACGAGAAGGAGCUUUUGUUAGAACCAUCAAUAAAGUGGACAGGAAAUCCCAACAUUGUUUUGGUGCUAAAGGUGAUGUCUUUCCGAAUUAGAGUUCAGGUCAGUAAGAGUGAUAAUGGAACGCAAGCAAUGCAAAGCUUUACUACUCUUAGUUCCAAAAACACGAAGUUUUAUCAUCUUUUACCUUUGCAGCCUCUUCUGCCGACCUUCCCUUGUUUUGGAAUGGUUGUAGUUUCAUUAAUGGAAAAGCCACAUGUUGAUUUUGGAUUGAAAGUGACCAAGUUUGGCUACUGCAAAAUGUUUUCAUUGAGGUGUGUUCUAUUCUUCUAUGUCAAUCAAAAAAUUAGACACCCAAAGAUGACUAAUGGGAAGACAAAAAUUAAAAACAAGGGUGUCAAAAAAUUAGUAUUAGUUUUAAUGUUAUUAAAAAAUACAGACACUCAAAUGGGUAUGUGCUCUUAAACUUGCUAAAUAAGAGACAACUAGGUACCAACCCGUACUAUG